UUAAACCAUUGUUGUCAGGGUCAUGGUAACAUACAUGAUAAUUUGAGCGACGACCAGAUAAAGUUGAUAUGUGGUAGCUUGGCCGGCGGUGCAGGUCAGGCCGUGAGCACAAUAAUUGAAGUUGUGGAGAGCAAGGUGUGCACUGAAGCCGGCACUGGUCAUCCACUGCAAUCCUGCAAGACCAUAGUUGGGUUCAUUAAGGGCACUGGUCAGGGCUUCACCACUAUAGAGGUCAACAACUAUUGUCCUGCUUUCCUGAGUUUAUUUGUGGGAUGUAAGGGUAAUAAUGCAAAGGCCUAUGCAGAGAACAACAAGAUAGAGAUGACUGCAUUCAAUUCUCAGAAGGAUUACAACUGCGACACUACCAAGGAAAAAUGUAUUGAGACAACCGUUGGCUGA